AUGCGGAAUUUUAUUGUGUUUAUAAUAUUUCUCUUAUCGGUGGCCACUAGUGUUGAUCAAGCAUAUUCUUUAAAUAUACUUGGAGUAUUCCCAUAUGAAGGCAAAAGUCACUUCUUUGUAUUCAAGCAUUAUCUUGAGGAACUAGCGCAAAGAGGUCACAAUGUGACAGUUAUUUCAUAUUUUCCUAGAGACAAACCGCUGAUAAAUUAUCAUGACAUAAGUUUGGCCGGCAAAGCAAAGAUUCUGGAAGAUGUGUUUUCUUUGCAAAGGUCAUAUUAUAAUAUAUUUAAAAUCAGUUUAUUCCUUUUCUCCUCUGGCACGGAGAAUUGUAAAAUAUUACUAGCGGACGAAAAUGUACAAAAUCUUUGGAAAUCAAAGACAAAAUUUGAUGUCAUUGUUGUAGAACAAUUCAAUAGUGACUGUGCUCUUGGCUUGGCCUAUGCAUUAAGUGCUCCUGUAGUGGGCAUGACAUCCCACGUCUUAAUGCCUUGGGCGUAUAAAAGAUUUGGCGUCCCCUAUAAUCCAUCUUAUGUUUCAUUUCAAUUCUUGGAAGGAGGAACCAAACCCACAUUUUACCAGCGAGUAGAAAGAACAAUAUGGGAUACUUAUUUCAAUAUUGGUUACAAAUUUAUGAGUCAAGAUGUAGAUCAAAAGACACUUGCUCAGUAUUUUGAUAAUAUCCCACCCCUUGAAGAAUUGGCUCAUAAUAUGAAAUUCAUGCUUAUUUACACAAACUUUAUCUUAACUGGAUCUACUUUGUAUCCUCCAAAUGUAGUGGAAGUGGGUGGAUAUCAUGUGGCAAAACCAAAACCUCUAUCAAAUGAACUGUUAAAAUUUAUUGAGGAAUCCCAACAUGGAGUCAUCUAUAUAAGUUUCGGAUCAAUGCUAAAAGCUGCCUUAACUCCUAAAGAGAAAAUCGAUGCCAUUGUAAUUGCUCUAGCAGAACUUCCUCAACGAGUAAUUUGGAAAUGGGAAGAAGAAACGUUACCUGGAAAUCCUAAAAAUAUAUAUUUAUCCAAGUGGCUGCCACAAAACGAUAUUUUAGCACAUCCGAAGGUCAUCGCGUUUUACUCUCAUUGUGGGCUAUUAGGGACCACAGAAGCCAUUUACCAUGGCGUGCCGAUAGUGGCGAUGCCAAUAUUUGGAGACCAGCCGUCAAAUGCCGCUGCUGUCGAAGAAAGCGGACUCGGAGUUCAAGUACAAAUAUCUGAGCUAACUAAAGAAAAACUAUUGCAAAAAUUUAAGACUAUCCUAGAUCCAGAGUUUAGAGAAAGAGUGAAGAUGUUAUCAAAAGCUUGGCACGACAGGCCCGUAUCUGCUAUGGAUAGCGCUAUCUAUUGGACUGAGUUUGCUGCUCGCCACCAGAACUUUACUUUCAGGGCCCCCGCAGCUGAUGUGCCUCUCUAUCAAUACAUCUGUUUAGACAUAAUAUCCGUUUUUACUUUUGUAUUUAUUAUUGCUAUUGUUACACUAAAAACACUGCUAUCAUUUGUUUUUUUGGACACAUUAAACAUUUUAGGAGUGUUUUCGUUACCAAUAAAAAGCCAUUUCUUUGUGUUUUCCCCUUAUUUAAAAGAGUUAGCAAAUCGUGGACACAAUGUGACGGUCAUAUCGUUCUACCCACAAAAGGAGCCUAUGGUGAACUACUAUGAUAUAGACUUGGGUGAAAAUGCUCCAGCCAUGGAAAUCAGCCAACCUAUAAAUAAGUCAUUGUUCAUGGUUUUUCUUUCAACAACAAUAUUUCAUGCGUUCAGUGGACCUCUUACUUGUAAAAUAUUAUUCGAUAAUGAGAAUGUUCAAAACUUGUGGGAAGCGCAUGUAAAUUUUGAUUUAGUAAUUGUGGAACAGUUCAACAGUGAUUGCGGUCUAGCUUUAGCACAUGCGUUAAGAGCUCCGGUUAUAGGCAUUACUUCUCACGUACUAUUACCAUGGCACUAUAACAGAUUUGGUGUUCCUUACAAUCCAUCAUAUGUACCGUUUGGUUUUGUGGAUGCUGGCACAAAACCGACCUUUAUGCAAAGACUCACAAGAUAUUUUUUUUAUAAUCAGGUCAAUAUUAUUUAUACAUAUGUAAGUCAAGUAAUAGAACAAAGUAUAGUACAAGAGUUUUUAAGUGAUACACCUCCUCUAAGUGAUUUAGCAAAAGAUAUCAAAUUAGUAUUAGUUUAUCAAAAUUUCGUGUUUUUUGGAUCAACAAUUGCUCCACCAAAUGUUAUCGAAGUAGGUGGUUUUCAUGUGGCUGAACCAAAACCUUUACCAGACGACUUGAAGAAAUUCAUCGAAGAGUCAGAAUAUGGCGUCAUUUACAUUAGUUUUGGAACAAUAUUAAAGGCAUCUUCAAUGUCAACCGAUAAAUUACAAAGUAUUAUAAAUGCUCUAAACGAACUACCUCAAAGAGUUAUUUGGAAGUGGAAUAAAAAAUCUCUACAAGGAAACCCAAAAAAUAUAUAUCUCGCUAAGUGGUUACCACAGAAUGACAUUUUAGCACAUCCUAAACUCAAGGCGUUUUUUUCACAUUGUGGCUUAUUGGGAAUUACUGAAGCCUUAUAUCAUGGCGUGCCUGUAGUAGGCAUGCCAAUUUAUGGAGACCAACCGACUAAUGCAGCAGCUGUAGAAGAAAGUGGACUUGGUGUUCAAGUACAGUUGGACCUUAUUACUAAAGAAUAUAUCCUUGAUAAAUUUAAAAUUGUUCUUGAUCCAGUG